GUGUGUUACCCUGUCGCAAUAACGCUGCGUGGAGCACAUAAAAGCGUAGCAACACGAGUGGUCUUAAUUAUUGUGCGUUAAAACGCCAUUUUAUUGUAAGGGACUUCUGUUCUUAAGGGUUUUUGACACUCACUGAUGACCAAACCUGAGCGAGGUAGGAACCCAUAGCCGAUGGGUUGAUGGAGUCUUACAGUGCAAUCGCAGGAUCGUGAAGGUUGGAAAAAACCUCUCAGAUCACCAGGUCCAAUCCCAGCCCACCCCACUGUACCCAGUGGCUAUGGCUCUCUGCCACAUCUGCAUGGCUCUGGGACCCCCCAGGGAUAGCAACCCCACUGCCUCCAUAGGAGCCAUGCGCACCAUCCAGCUGCUUGCGCGCCUUGAGGGCAGAAGUUCUCUGAAAAACCUUGAACCUAAUCUGUUUGCUGAGGAAGGAUCUCCUGUUCAUGGAGAUGUCAUUGAAUUCCAUGGUCCAGAAGGAACAGGAAAAACUGAAAUGCUUUAUCACCUGAUAGCCCGCUGCAUCAUUCCAAAAUCAGGAGGGGGACUGGAAGUCGAAGUCAUGUUCAUUGACACAGACUACCAUUUUGAUAUGCUUCGUCUCGUUACCAUUCUUGAGCACAGACUGGAGCAAAGCACGGAAGAGGUGAUGAAGUGCUGCCUGGGAAGGCUUUUUCUUGUGAACUGUAACAGUAGCACCCAGUUACUUCUCACUCUUCAUUCUCUAGAAAACAUGUUUUGCACCCACCCCUCUCUCUGCCUUUUGAUUUUAGAUAGCAUAUCAGCUUUUUAUUGGAUCGACAGGAGUAACGGAGGGGAGAGUCUUAACUCGCAGCAGAUGAAUCUGAAGAAAUGUGCAAACUUUCUUGAAAAGCUUGUGAGGGAGCAUCACUUAGUCCUGUUUGCCACAACACAGUCCAUUAUGCAGAAAUCUACAAACUCUGCAGAAAGCUUCUUUCCUUUAAAACUUCAGCAUGAAAUUGAUGCAGACUAUCGACCUUAUCUUUGUAAAUCAUGGCAACAAAUGGUAACCCACAGGAUAUUUUUUUCCAAGCAGUUUAAUUCUGGCAACAGUAAAGGUUUUACACUCAUUUCUUGCCACCUCAAAAAAAGCCACGGUGCAAAACGUUCAUUUAAUAUUGCAGAAUGUGGAGUUCAGUUUUAAUUUCAGUUGAUCGUUUGAACUCUGGUGAAUCUCGGUGCUUAGGCCCGAUUUGCUCUAGGUAGGUUUUAGUGCCUUCUAAAUGAGCUGUUUGUUGCUGGGUGAUUAAAUACUUUUGUCACUAAUUUCUUUAACAAAGAGAAGGGCAGAACGCCUUGGCAUUUUUAACUGCUGUGGAUGUUCAGUCUCAGCUAGCGAGAAAUGUUGCGAUUCUUCGUUGGUGCUUAUUGCGAAAAGGAAAUUAAAUCAAGAAAAUGGCAACUGAAAUAAUUUUAAA